AUAACGGUGCAGACAUUCGACGCCUAAUUUGGUUUUCUGGGCGGGGAGCUGCUCUUUUGGCUGGCUGGUACAUCCAGCCAGAGGGCUGAAGAGCUACAAUCCACAUCUCUCUUCCUCUGCUAACCCUGGAGAUCAGCAUCAGAGAAAAAGUCAGAAAGCUUACCCUGCUAUAGGCUGGUGGUAAAAAUCUUAGACGGUCACUCCAAGAAGGAAGAAUAUUUGUCAGCUUUGAACAAAUCUCAUCAUGCCUAUUGUUCUGAAGACAAGCCCUCUGCUAUGGACACGGUUGGCUGCCCUGGCCUUCGCCUGUGUGGCCUUCUCGAUGGCUGUGCAUGGAGCCAGACUCCCCAGGGGCACCGGAGACUUUUGCAUCUUCUGCUGGGCCUUUAGCUUCGCCGGGACUCUUCUAGUCAUCUUGGUGGAGCUUUUCAACCUGCAGACCAGAGUUCCCGUUUCCUGGAAGAACUUCCCCAUCACCUUUGCAUGCUACGCUGCCCUGCUCUGUUUGUCAGCCUCCAUCCUUUUUCCUCUUUACUAUCUGAGGGGAUCCGCAUCCCAAAACGAGGUCCAGAACUUCCGCAUCGUGUCUACUGUCUUCUCCUGCCUAGCCACUAUCGCCUACAUGAGUGAGGUCAGCCUCACCAAGGCUCGUCCAGGUGAGGUUGCUGGCUACAUGGCCACAGCUCCGGGCCUACUGAAAGUUGUCGAGACCUUCGUGGCUUGCAUCAUCUUUGUCUUUAUCAGUGACCCCGUGAUUUACGACCGUCACGAUUCGGUCAAAUACUGCAUGUCAGUAUACUGUAUCUGCUUCAUCCUGUCUGCGAUCAUUAUCCUGCUCUGCAUCGGCGAGUGCACUGGCUUCCUCCCCUUCCCGUUUGCCCGUUUCCUGUCCGCCUACGCCCUGCUGGCUGUCAUCCUCUAUCUGGUGGCAACCAUCAUCUGGCCGAUUUUCAACUUUGACCCCAGGCAUGGCGGCCAGAAACAGAGGCCUUACAGUUGCAGCUCCACACAGGGCUUGUGCGUUUGGGAUAAGGCAAUGGCAGUAGCCGUGCUCACAGGGGUCAACUUUAUCCUUUACCUGGCUGACCUCAUCUACUCCACCCGCCUGGUGUUUGUCAGUGCCUGAUCGUAGGAAAAGGAAGCUAUGCUGGCAGUAUGCUCCAAAGGAAAUUUAAUUUGGUCCCAUAAUUGUAAAGCUGCUGUCAAACAUACUGCUGCAAGAAAAGAUUUGUGUCCGCUAACUAUAUUAGUUCUGAAUAUAACAAGAUGUGACAGAAAAUAAUUCUUUGGUGGUUGAUUAGGAAUGUAUUGCUUCAAAAAGGCAAUAAAUAAAGCUUUUUGAAACUGUAUAUUUUCCUUAAGGUAGAAUUCAAACCUUAUGUUCUUCCUGCCCCCACUUCAAAUUUUUAGCCUUUGCAGACUUGCCAAAUUUUCUGUUGACGUCUUGCUUCCACAAAACCUGAAUAGACAUUUAUCUUGAUUUUAAGAAACCACAGUGGGUUUGCUAGAAUAAGCUUACAAAUAAACAAGACUUAUUGAUACACUUUGGUUUAUUUGCUUUCAUUAAGCAUGGUUGAACUGCAUAUUGUCAAAGAAAACUGAAAAUAGUUUGAUGUACAAAAGAAUCUUUGAUUUAUUUCUCUGUGCUUUUAAGUUUAUUUCACACACAAAAUAUCUAUUAAUGGAUACCUCAUUGCAAAAGUCAAAAGAUUACCCUAAACAAAAAACCCCGCAGCCAUAGUUGUCUGUCAUUUUUAAAAUACAAUACACUGCCUCAAUACAGUUUUCUUAAACAUUUUGACAAUUUUCAUCCAUUUUUGUACAUUUUCAAAAACAUGUUUCACAGAUUGUCCGUUUUUUUUUUAAGACUGUCAUGCUUUUCAGUGUUCGUCUAAUCCAAAACUUUUUUUUUUUUUUUCAUUAUGUUGGUUUUUGUCACAUAUUAUAAUAUUCUGUACUGCAGGACUGUGGUAUUUUCUAAAUUUGGCGGAUUUCUAAAAUAACACCAUUGGGAAUAUAUUAAAGUAAAAGUAGUCUUUGGUGACAGCUAAAGGAAAAUCAAAGCGAUAAUCUGUUUUUUUUGUAUUUGUAUGAUUUGUGCCAGUCAGAUGUUAAAUAUCUCAUUAUGGGCAUGAAGUCUUUAUGUUUACACUUUUUUUAAAGGUUACAUUUGUUGAAAACUUGUUGAAUUGUAUCACAAUCUUUAAAAACCAAUGUGUUCAACAAUUUUUAAUCAGUGUCACAUCAAAUCAAUCUGCAACAUGUUAACAUAAGUUCUAGGCUGGCUUUAUAAAGUAGCAUUGCAACAACAAAAAAUCAGUGUAUGUGGUUGAAUUGAAAAAUUAUAGAUUAUAAAAAUCACAACAAUACAGUAGUACCUUCCUAAUAUUUGUAUGUGCUACACAUGUUUAUUUUCACCUAUGAAAACCUUCUAUGUUUUAUCAGCAAUCCGUUAGCAAUGAACUCAUUGUUUAUUUGAUCCAUUGGUUCUGGACUGCUGUGAAAAUACUUAAAUGAAGGUUAUAAAAAAACACUUAUUUUCCUGUAGAGGUGUCAUUGUUGGAGGUUUUUUUGUUUUUAUAUUUCACAAGUUUAAGUGUUCAAACCACAGUGUUAUAAAGAAAUGCCAUCAUGUGUUACAAUAAAAUCACAAAUCCGA